AUGUUUCAACAACAUUUUUCCACGCCAGUGUUUGUUAUUCCUCAACCUCCUUCUCAAACCUCCACUACCUUCUCAAACAGAGAUUCUUCUACUAGUGCAACCACUUCAAAUUCCAUUACUUCUCAUAAUUCUAAUCCAUCUUUCCCACCUGUUCACUCAAGCUCAGUUGGUAUCCCUGAAGAGCCUCAAGUAGCACCUGUUCCAGCUAACGAUUCUUCUACAAAUGUGGUAUAUAUUUCAGCUGGUUCUAAUAAGAUUUUAUAUGAGGAACCCACUUCAGUGAAGCAAGCAUUGGCUAUACCUAGCUGGAAAGAAGCCAUAAAGUCUGAAUAUGAAGCCUUAGUCAGAAACAAAACAUGGACUUUGGUUCCCUACACUGAUGAUAUUCAUGUGGCGAGUGCAUUGUUAGUACUUGUGUGUUUACUAUUAUCGUGUUGGAAUGAGAUGGUUGAAGGGGUUAAAGAUGAUGCUAACUCGAGUUCCAACAAUUUACAUUCAAGACUCCAAUCUCAAAUUGAGAGGACAACAAAGAUGUUUAGUCAAACAACUUCCUCUACACCUAAGUUAGCUAGAUUUCUCAAUUCCACACUCAAUAACUCUAAUGUCUCAUUUUCAGACAUUCAAAAUAAGGUGGCUCCACUUUUGUUCCAAACACUAGUGAUGACCCCACACUUGAGUCAAAUUUCAUAUAUAGGCUUGGAAGCUCAACUUAUUUUCUCCUAUGGCAAGGACAAACUCAACCAAACAUUUGCACUGCACUCUAAUUCAUCAUUUGAUAACAAUUCAAGUAGUAAUGCUUGGUACAAACAAAGUGUUGAUCGUAGCACUGGAAAGCUACUUGGAGAUGUAGUCAAAUUCAACCCAUUCAUCACUACUAAUUCAAGUUGGUUUAGAGAAUUAUCCUUGAAUAGCAUGAAUGACUCUUAUGCUUUUUUGGGUACCAAAUGGGACAAUGGUCAGGAUCUCUUGCUCCUAAAAUCAUCCACUAUUGAUCAAGGCAAUAAAGGGCUCAUCAUUUUGGGAUUUCUGGUUAAGGAGUUGAUUGAUGAGUACUAUUCUGAGGUCAAUCUUGUUGGUGGGAGCUUGUAUUUGGCCACCAAAGAUGACCAAAUGAUUGCGAAUGAUGGGAUUAAAGGGACUCAGAUGAAUUUUGAUGUUGCAGUGGAUAAUGGUAAUAAUACUAAUAAUAUUUCUGUUUCUUUUGAAUUGGUGAAACCAAAUGGUCUUGUUGGAAAUGUUACAUGUCAUCCUUAUAAUGGUACUUCAACAACAAAAGCUACUGUUGUGAACAUUCAAGGAGCCAAAUAUAACUUUUAUUGUUCUUCACUUGACUUGAUCGGGGUCCAAUUGGUUUAUGCACUAGCACUCCCACAAAGUGGGCUGGUCGAGUUUAUUGAUAAGCACAUUAUGGAACAACUCAUUCUCCUCAUAUCAAUAAUGGUUACAGCCAUAGUCCCCAUUUUCUACUUUGUUUUCAAAAACUUCAGAGAUUCCAUAAUAGAGAAUUAUUUGCGAGCCACUCUUAUAAAACAAAUGGAGGCAACUAAACAAGCUCAAAAGAAAAAUGAAGACCAAAAUCUAGUCUUUGCUAGAGCCAGCCAUGACAUUCGUGCUCCUUUGGCUGGCAUUAGUGGUCUCAUAGAUUUGUCUUAUAAGGAAGUUGCUCCUGGUUCUGAACUUGAAACUAAUUUAAGACAAAUGGAUGCAUGUACUGAUGAUCUUAUAGGUAUAUUGAACACCUAUCUUGACACAUGCAAAAUUGAAGCUGGAAAGAUGCAGUUGGAAGAGGAUGAAUUUGAAAUGGCUCAACUUUUGGAAGAGGUAGUUGAUUUUUACCACCCUUUUGGAGCAAAAAGAGAAGUUGAUUUGAUUCUGGAUCCUUGUGAUGCCUCUGUGAUCAAGUUUUCACGUGUCAAAGGUGAUAGAAUAAAGCUUAAACAAAUUCUACGCAAUUUGCUAAGUAAUGCUAUAAAAUGUACCCCACAACAUGGACAUGUAGUUCUUCGAGCUUGGGCUAAAAAACCAAGUUUGACAAGUUCAGCCAUUAAUUCCUCGAAUAGAAAAAGUCUAAUUCAACUACUGCCAUGCUUGUUUUACAAGAACAAAGCUCAUAAGGAAGACUCUGACCAAGCCAUGGAUACGGCCAUGAAUGAUCCACAUGUUAUGGACUUUGUGUUUGAAGUGGAUGAUACAGGGAAAGGAAUCCCAAAGGAAAAACAAAAGGAUCUUUUCGAAAACUAUGUCCAAGACAAAGAAACUUCUGUACUUAAAGAAGGCACUGGCUUAGGACUUGGCAUUGUCAAGUCAUUGGUACAGUUGAUGCAUGGAGAAAUUGGUAUUGUGGACAAGGACAUUGGUGAAAAGGGAGCUUGUUUCAGGUUCAAUGUUCUUCUCUCUGUUUGUGAGGAUGAUGAAAUGGACAGUAAUGAGUUGAUAUCUAAUGACAUUCGAACUCCGAAUUUCAGUCCUACUUUGAAUAUUCUUACUCAAAGUCCCAAGGUUGAUAGAUCUUAUGUUAUACUAAUGAUUCAAAAUCAUGAAAGAAGAAGAGUUUCACAGAAGUUCAUGAAGAGACUUGGGAUAAAAGUUUUUGCAGUGGAACAAUGGGAACAACUUCCUAGUAUUCUCAAGAAAGUAAGGUUUAUCAAGUAUGGGAACAAAAAUUCUGAUUCAAGCAAUAACUCAUCAACAAGCCAGAGUCCCUACCUUGGUGUUGAAGCAACAAAUAAGGAUGCGUCGUCUUUGAGUAACACUGUUGUAGAUGGAACAAACUACAUACUUUCUCUCUUCAAAAGGAGUACUACAAAUCAUCGUUAUCAGCGUAGAACAGGCGGGUUAGUAGUGAUGGUGAUGGAUGCUACUGCUGGACCAAUUUCGCAACUGUCUAAGAUGGUGAGUGAAUUCAAAAAUAGCCUUCGAAACAUUAGUUGCUGCAAAGUUGUUUGGCUAGUAAAUCCAGUGUCUCAUACCAGUUACAACUUUCUCUUUGAACAAGAUGACAUUAUCAUGUACAAGCCAUUUCAUGGGGCUCGUUUGUAUCAAAUGGUGGGACUUCUUCCUGAGUUUGGAGGUUCUUCAUCAUCACCUACUCAACAACUUAGAAAAGUUUCAACCAAGGAUCGUUCUAGCUGCAAUGCUGAAUUUGAAAUUCAAGAAGUUGGUAGUACAAGUAAAGUCCUCUCAUCUUGUUUUAGAUCAAAGACUCAAUUUCAAGGUGAAAUACAAGAAGAAAAUAUAAAAUUGACCAAGACUGGUAAUAGUAGUACUACUAGUGAGAAUCAACUACCAUUGAGCGGGAAGAAAAUUUUGGUUGUUGAUGAUAGUUUCUUAGCUCGAGAAUUGGCUAGUCGGAUAAUCAUAAAGCAUGGUGGAACUACUGGUCUAUGUUCAAAUGGUAAAGAAGCUUUUCAACUUAUUUCCAAAGAACUGAGCAAUUCAUUAAAACAUGGAGAUUCUAUGACUCUGCCUUUUGAUUUCAUACUGAUGGAUUGUGAGAUGUCUAUAAUGGAUGGAUAUGAAGCAACUAGGGAGAUAAGAAAAGUGGAGAAAUCAUACGGUGUCCAUAUACCAAUCAUAGGACUAACUGCUCAUUCACCAGGUUCUGAGGAAGCUAACAAGACAAUACAAGCUGGAAUGGACGCUUGUCUGAGUAAACCCUUGAAGCAUGACAAUCUAUUAGAAGCCAUCAGAUACAUUAAAUGA